UCUCAGUUCGAGUGAAACAGAUAUGAUUUGGGUGAAGACGCGCCUAGACCGGAUUAAUGGCUCAUCCCACAGAACAGGCAACCGAAGCCUUACGACUUCGAGCCUCGGUCAUGACGCUAAUCUAUAUAUAUUUACGUGUGUCUGCAAACAACAUCUUCGUGGCAAUUGGGGUCGAUGGUUCGUAGAACGAUCGUCUUUCGUUGUCUCCUCGUCGCUUGUGCUGUGCUGCCCUGCGUUUAUUUGCUCUCGCGUCGACGCAUUCAUGUGCUAGCUGACUUAGGCCAGACUCCUUGGGACAACCUCGCUAGCCCUAGUCGUCCCCUUGCGGCGAGCUUCCUGGUGGGGGCAAAUAGAUCUUCAAAUGUUCAAAGAGUUAGCUUGGUUUCAGCGUCUCAAUCCUAUCCUGACGUGACAGCAGUCGUCUUGAACUGGUCACGGCUCCCCAAUGUUGUCCGGAUCGUCGGUCUUCUUUGUGGCCCAUGGCUGGAGGAUGUCGUAGCGGAGAUUGUGGUAUGGAACAAUAAUCCAAGGGAAAUCUCAUACCAGAAGUUCGUGAAGACAGGUUGCCCUUCCGAAAAGUUGAGGAUAUACAAUUCGCCUCAUAACGCCUACUUUCAAGCUCGAUACAUUGCGUGCGAACAGGCUACUACUCGUUUCUGCUUCCUGCAGGAUGACGACUACCUUAUUAUGCCUGAGGUUAUUCGCACUCUGCAUGCUCGGGCUCUCGGAACUCCUGACCACUCAAUACAUCUUCUGCCUCCACACGAGGUUCUAUCUACUCAACUACGUACGGUGGUUACGUCUGACGGUGUGCAUACUUCGUCCGCGUGGCUUGGACAUGGCACAAUUCUGCCUCGGACUGGGGCUGUGGACUUCUUGGCGCUCUUACAUCGUCUGAAUGCAUCUGAGGAUGAAAUGAAGAUGGCAGACAACUACUUUACGAUCCUGAAUAAUCAGAUUCCUGAAGUUUGGUUCGACCAAGGUAUCGAGCUAGGAGGUGGUCAACCAUUCACAGUCGGAAUGGAAGGUAAUGAACGUAAUAAAAUGCAUAUUAUUAAUGCUUGUCGAUACCUGGACACUCUCUUGAGCACAUUCAGAGCUUCAGAUAUGUCUCGUAAAUUGAGACUACCGUUCAUCGAAGUUGAUGGGGUAAUCCCUGCUGAACAUCCAAUAUUUCAAGCGCCAUGCCUUGGCGCUUCUUGUUUGCUGCAGACGAACAUCCCUUUACUACCAACAACCUCGAAGGCUGGAAGUCACUCGGCUGAUGACAUAUUUAUGCAGGAAUUACGCGGAAUCCAGUCUUUGGGUCAGGAUGCUGUGGACCAUUACUUGCGGUUCCUCCUUCUCAGGCUGUCGACGGCCGCCCGGACACUGCAUUCCGCAGUCCAUUUCGUACGUUGAUGGGCAAUGAGUCGAAAUGCGGCGAUUGACUUCUUUUGUAAGCGGCGCGGCAGGGUGACUUCGUAAGCCUGGACAUGCUGUCACGCAUGGGCUCAGCAAGCUCCACAUUUGAAAUAACGCUACUAGUCACAAGGGAAACGGUGGACAUUUUGCACCAAGCUCUGUUCGAAUCCUCUGCGGAUGCUGUCAACUGGGUUGUCUCCACGCAUGCGUUGGUAUGCGAAGAAACCGGAUUGACCGGGCCUCGUGGCCUUAGGUCUGCACCUCGCAAAUUGCAGGAAUGUAGCGUGCAGUCGCAGGAGACAGACCAUCGGUUCUUCC